AUGGUGAUCUCAUUGUGUUCUCAUUGUGUUCUCAUCCUGUUCUCAUUGUGUUCUCAUCGUGAUCUCAUUGUGUUCUCAUCGUGUUCUCAUCGUGUUCUCAUCGUGUUCUCAUCGUGUUCUCAUUGUGUUGUCAUCAUGUCUCAUCGUGUUCUCAUCCUGUUCUCAAUGUAUUCUCAUUGUGUUCUCAUCCUGUUCUCAUUGUGUUCUAAUUGUGUUCUCAUUGUGUUCUCAUUGUGUUCUCAUUGUGUUCUCAUCCUGUUCUCAUUGUGUUCUCAUCGUGUUCUCAUUCUGUUCUCAUUGUGUUCCAAUUGUAUUCUCAUCCUUUUCUAAUCGUGUUCUCAUUGUGUUCUCAUUGUGUUCUCAUUGUGGUAGAUUGGGUUCUCAUCGUGUUCUCAUCGUGUUCUCAUUGUGUUCUCAUUGUGUUCUCAUCGUGUUCUCAUUGUGUUCUCAUCUUGUUCUCAUUGUUUUCUCAUCGUGUUCUCAUUGCAUUCUCAUUGGGUUCUCAUUGUGUUCUCAUUGUAUUCUCAUUGUGUUCUCAUCAUUUUCUCAUUGUGUACUCAUCGUGUUCUCAUCGUGUUCUCAUCAUGUUCUCAUCGUGUUUUCAUUGUGUUCUCAUUGUGUUCUCAUUGUAUUCUCAUUGUGUUCUCAUUGUAUUCUCUUUGUGUUCUCAUCGUGUUCUCAUUAUGUUCUCAUCGUGUUCUCAAUGUGUUGUCAUUGCAUUCUCAUUGUGUUCUCAUCGUGUUCUCAUUGUGUUCUCAUUGUGUUCUCAUUGUGUUUUCAUUGUGUUCUCAUCGUUUUCUCAUGGAAUUGUCGUUGUGUUCUCAUUGUAUUCACAUUGUGUUCUCAUUGUGUUCUCAUCGUGUUCUCAUUGUGUUUUCAUCAUUUUCUCAUUGUGUCCUCAUCGUGUUCUCAUCAUGUUCUCAUCGUGUUUUCAUUGUGUUCUCAUUGUGUUGUCAUUGUAUUCUCAUUGUGUUCUCAUUGUGUUCUCAUUGUGUUCUCAUCGUGUUCUCAUUAUAUUCUCAUUGUAUUCACAUUGUGUUCUCAUUGUGUUCUCAUUGUGUUCUCAUCGUGUUCUCAUGGUAUUGGCAUCAUGUUCUCAUUGUGUUCUCACAUUAACCUCUCUCCUGAUGUCCUGGUGAAGAGCAGCUAA